GUUUAUUCAUUGUCAUAUGGUAUCCGAUGUAUACUCGGAAAGUAAAUUUUAAACCUUAUUCGAUAUUUUAAACUGUAAAUAGGUACGUUUUUUGGCAGAGAAUAUUUGAAUAUUCCGCGUUUUAAAGGUCGUAGUUUAAAUUGCAAUCAAUAUAACCCAAUAUUCACUCACGUUACAUAGAAUUUGCAGAUUUCAAUUAUGGAUUUAUAAAAUAGAAUCUCAAACUUAAUGAUACUUUGUCAUAAAUGGAGAAAUAUGACAACCUGGGCAUGGUGGGUGAAGGCUCCUAUGGGAUGGUUAUGAAAUGUAAACAUAAGGAAAGUGGGCAAAUUGUUGCCAUUAAGAAGUUUCUGGAAAGUGAAGAUGACAAGAUGGUGAAAAAGAUUGCGAUGCGUGAAGUUCGAAUGUUGAGAAAACUCCAUCACGAAAACCUCGUCAACUUAAUUGAAGUUUUCCGUCGACGUAAGCGUCUUUAUCUCGUCUUUGAAUUUGUCGACCACACGGUGCUGGAUGACCUUGAGAAAUAUCCUAACGGAUUAAACGAGAUGACAGUUCGAAAAAUUCUGUGGCAAGUUCUUAGAGGAGUAGAAUUCUGUCACAGCCAUAAUAUCAUACACAGGGAUAUCAAACCUGAAAAUAUUUUAAACUCACGAUCAGGGGUCAUCAAACUAUGUGACUUUGGUUUUGCUCGGACAUUAGCUGCUCCUGGUGAGGUUUAUACGGAUUAUGUGGCCACUAGGUGGUAUCGUGCGCCCGAGCUGUUGGUCGGAGACACCAAAUAUGGAAGAGCUGUGGACAUUUGGGCAGUGGGUUGCCUAAUUACUGAGAUGCUCACGGGUGACCCUUUAUUUCCCGGUGAUUCUGACAUUGAUCAACUUUACCAUAUUAUCAAAUGCUUUGGCAACCUGUGUCCUCGUCACCGAGAAAUAUUUCAACGCAAUCCCUUGUUUGCUGGUAUGAGACUACCAGAUGUUCGCGACAUCGAACCUCUAGAACGAAGAUUUCCAAAAUUUUCAUCUGAAGUUCUAGAUUUGAUGAAGCAAUGUUUACGACUUGAUCCGAACGAUCGGCCAUCUUCUUCACUUUUACUUCGACACGAGUUUUUCAAGAAAGAAGGUUUUGAAGAAAAGGUUAUACCUGAGUUGCGUGCUCGAAUCAUGAAGGACAAUGCACAUAAUGCUCUCUCUCGCAAGGAAGCAUUAGAAAAAAGGGAACAAGAGAGAAGAAAGAAAAAAAGCAAGGAAAUGGCGGCAGAAAAUGUUGAUUCUAAUUUACCGGCUGCUAAGAAACAUGACAAAAAUGUAAACUCCCCAUCCAAACAGGAAAUCUCGUCAGUUAAGAAAACAUCGAACAAACCACCAGCUACAACCCCUCCUGUGGAGAACAAGAAGCAAAGAAAAGAUACAGAAAAGGAAAAGAAACCACUUUCACAAACUAAGACCGAUUCUUCGAAGAAAACGACUCAAGAAGAAGUCUCGUCUAAUUCUCAACAAAAAACAAAAAAUUCUUCAAAUUCUCACGAAAAAAAAUCAUCCUCAACGAAACAGGAUUUAACUGAAGCACAACCAGGUUAAAACCGCUCAAAACGGGAUCUUGAAAACACCUCCAAGCAAGAGAACAUCAAAUAAAUCGGAAACAGAUGAAAGCCAGAGUAAAAAGAAAUCAGAAAAAGCUUCGGGUGGAAAAACUAAAAACUCAAAUCCAGAGAAAACGGCAGAAAAUACAAGCGAGCGAAAACAACCAACUGUUGCCAGCGAAACGAAACAUAAUUCACCAAAAAAA